UGAAGCGGCGAUGGCGGAAUCCGCUCCCUAUGCGGCUCUUUGUAGGGCGGAGCUAAGGCUGGAGUUUUUGCAUGCAAACUCCACAACACACGACUUCAUUUUUGGAGCAGUUGCUGAACUGAUUGACAAUUCCCGAGAUGCUGGUGCCACAAGACUUGACAUAUAUACUGUGAAUAAUGAGAAUCUGCAAGGAGGAUUUAGACUAUGCUUUCUAGAUGAUGGAUGUGGCAUGACCCCUUGUGAAGCUACAGAUAUUGUAUAUUUUGGAAGAUCUUCUAAGCUAGCCAACCCUAAGAUGAUUGGACGUUAUGGCAAUGGACUUAAAUCAGGAUCAAUGCGUAUAGGGAAUGACCUGAUCUUAUUUACCAAAAAAGAGAAUACAAUGACAUGUCUUCUUUUCUCUCAGACGUUCUGUGAAACAGAAGGUCUCAGUGAGGUCAUAGUGCCAAUCCCUUCAUGGUCAAGUGAUACAGGAAUGCCAGAAAUAGAUGAUCCUGAAAAAUUUUCCACACAAUUGUCCAUAAUUUGCAAAUAUUCUCCCUUUAAGAAUGAAGCUGAAUUGAUGAAGCAGUUUAAUGCCAUUUAUGGAAAAACAGGAACUUUGCUUGUGAUAUUCAAUCUGAAACUCACAUUGAAUGGGGAACCAGAACUUGAUAUUCUAACAGAUGAGAAGGAUAUAUUGAUUGAUGGAACCCCAGAGAACUAUCCAGAACGAAGAUCACUGAGAGCUUAUACAGCUAUACUGUAUCUCGACCCACGAAUGAGGAUAUUUAUUCAAGCUGAGAAAGUCAAAACCAAGCGUUUGCCUUACUGCUUUUACAGGCCCAGGAUGUAUCCAUAUGUGUCAUCUUCAUUUAAACAAAUUGCUACCCAGGAAUUACAGAAGGCACAAAUGGAAUUGAAAGCUGCUGAAGAUGCUGUGACAGAAGUAAGGGGCAGACUGAAACAGAUACAAGAGUCUUUGUAUGAAGAUAGUGAGUUUUUGCAAGUUGUGUUACAAGAUGCUCUGGAGGAAGAAAAGAGAGUAAGAGAAAAAAUGGAAGAUAAACAAAGAAAUCUGAGAAGACCAAAAAAGCUAUUCAUAACAUUUGGAAUUAACAUUCAAAACAGAAGUCAAGAGGGAAUGCUUAUCUAUAGCAAUAAUCGUUUGAUCAGAAUGUUUGAGAAAUUGGGACCACAGAAAAAUGUAGGACCAUAUUUUGGUGCUGGAGCUGUGGGGGUUACAGAUGUGCCAUUAGAUAUUAUGGAACCCACACACAACAAGCAGGCUUUUGCCAACAUUAAGGAAUACAGCCACUUGUUGAAAUCAAUGGGAAAUUAUCUUAUUCAGUACUGGAAAGACAUGGGAAUAAGUCAAAAAGGAGAAAUGUUGUUCUGGAAUAAUUUUGGAUAUCUGGGUGAUAAAUGGUAUGAAAGACCUUCUGAGACAGUUCAGUACAACAGAAGACGAGCAGCAGAAAUUCCUGACAUUGUGCAGUGUGAUGUUUGCCUCAAAUGGAGAGUCUUGCCAUUUGAUACUGAUAUAAAUAAUGAAGAUCAUCAUAAUAUCUGGAAUUGUGAAAGAAAUCCUAACACUCUAGAAAAUAAGUGCAGUGUACCAGAGAAUUUGCCCAGCAUCCCUUUGGGCACCUUCAACCCAACUCAUUGUUUGAAUGACAAAGAAAAGCUACUCACUGAUACCAUUCAGAAGCAUAAAAGGAAAUUGGAAAAUCUGCAUUCUCGGCAACUUUGUUUGAUUCAGCCACAUAGAUUUGCUAAGCAUACAGAUGACAGGAAAACUCCUGGUAAGGAUAGGACUAUCUGCCAGAGGAAGACUUUUCAUAAAGAUUCAUCUCAAACUUGCAGACACCUGGCUACGAAAAAUACAAAUAAAGGAUACAUACAACAAUCAAAUUGCCCAAAGCAGGCACUGGCAAAACAAACAACUUGCUCUCAAAGGAGGCAGCAAUUUUAUCAAGAUGAAAAAUAUUUUAUUUCUGCACUGGAGGACAGAAAGGAUCACAGUAUGGCAAAGAUGCUACCUUCAGUAUGUAUUGAAAGGCCAUAUUAUGAAGAACUUGAAUUCAAAAUUGAAUCAGAUAAUGAGCCAGAAAUCAUUUAUAUUAUAUCAUCUGAUAGUGAAACUGAAGAUCUGCCAAAGGAUGAAAUGUUCAGAGAACUUUUUUUAAUGCAAAAAGAAAAACAGGAACAGUGUGAAGAAACAGCAGACAGUUUCCUUAGUCUAAACAAGGAGGAAAAUUCUGAAAAAAAGUAUAUGCUAUCAGCAAACUCAGAAAGUGGAUCAACAAAAGCUACAAAAGAAGACAAAGAUCAAGCCUGUGUUGUGGGAGAGAGGUCAGUUGCAGUUUCACACACAACUGGAAAUUCCCAGAGCAUCACUAAAGCCAAGAUGAUUCAAACAUUAACAUCUCACAUCAAAGAAAUACUGCUCUACUUUUUACCUGAAUGUGAUAAAUCAAGAGAACAUAUUACGUCCAUGUGCCCUGAAGAUGUUUUAUCGAUGUUCAUUUAUUUGUCACAAUAUGAAGGACAACUUUCCAAAAAACUCCAGUGUCAAGAAGAACAUGGCUGUCAAAAAGUAUGUGCCAUUGAAACAGAAAUUUAUCUAUGUAAAGAGCAAGUAAAAGCAACCCAAGAAAAGCUUGAACAUCUUCGGAGGAAAAUAGCCCUAUUGCUAUUAAGAAUCCAUCCCCAUCUUGUUAUAAAUAAUCUGGAACACAUCGAUACCAUCCUGGAAGAAUGUCUAAACCAAGAAAAUGCCCAUCCAUUGGUUACUGUAAAUACUAUCACCACUGAAAUAAGUGAAUCUACAUUCCUGGAUGAAGAAAAUGGGAAAAUAUUUAACACUUUGUAAUGUAUAAGAUGUGGAUGUAUAUGUAGGUAACAGAAUGUAAACAGUCUGCCUACAAUUAUUCUGCAGAAGUCUUACAUAUUAUAGUGUAAACGAUAUGGAUUAAUAUUCUAAGUUCCAUUUUAUGUUUUGCCUAUUAUAUUUUAAUACUAUUGGAACCAUUUCCAUAAAGAGUAUUUCCAUUGAAAUGUAUGGAUGAAGUCUAGCAAAAAAAUGUUGGUUAGAAUUUCAUUAUGUCUAUAUUCUUGUGAAUAUGUUGUUGGAAUUAUUGCAGAAAUUAUUUUUAAAAAUUGUUUAUUUUGAAAUAGCUUCAUAAACAUAUUACGCUAACUUUUAUUGGUAUAAAUAUAGAACUUGAACUUUUUUUGCAUGAAAAUUAAAGUUUUUUUGAGAAAUUAUUAUUAAAAAUUACCAGGCCUCAUAAAUAAAGCUAAUUUACAGCUUGCUUGA